CCUGAAAGACCCGGGACAAGCUGAUGAACUGGAGAGACUGCUCCGAAAGCAUGUGGACUGCGUGUGGCCACGUCCUCCGGAGCCUCAGCCUGCCCCAGGACUCAGCGCCGGCUUCGCUUCAAAUCCACGUGUGGGCCGUGUCCCUGGAUAACCGAAGCCCAGGAGAUGCACCCUCCGGCCACCUCUCAGCCAGCCAGAGCCCACCCCAGCCAGUGUGCGCUGCCCUGGGGUGGGGCGGCCCGGGGUGGUCUGUGCCAGCCUGGAGCUUCUGCGCGCCCGGCCGGGGAAUACUGUCAGUCAGUGCUGGGCAGCGCCGCCCCACACCAGGAUGCGCUCACGGCCACCCUCAACGGAAGACGGUUCUCCCAGGGGCUCCUGAUGGCCCUAUAGGCAGGGAGGGCACCUGCAGCCUGGGCCUCUGUGGGCCACGAAGCCCUGGCCACCCUGGCCUGUGCCUACUUGUGUGGCUGCCGUAUGGAGGCCAAGUCCAGCCCAAUUUUCACCUGAGAGCAGCCACAGCCCAGCACCCCGCAGCCCUCCUGACGCCCCCAGGCCUCUCCGAGGAGCAGUGUCAGGGAGACGUGCUCCUACCCUGGGGCCAUCCUGCCCUUCCUGUCCACAAUCACAGGCCUCCAGCUUCACCUACCACAGUGGUGAGGGAGGCCCCUGAACCCAGCCUCACGGCUCUCACGAAGACAAGCGCAGCUGUAGGUCACCUCGAGGGAGGCCACAUCUGGCCAACUAGUGCAGGGCCCAGGGCCACUCCUUCCUUCCUCCAGUGGGAGGGGACAUGGACACACUCAUCGAUGGCUUUGGUGGGGAGCAUUGGACCUCUGCUAAGCAGGAGUCACAGGUCAGGAGAGCUUCCCGGGGUGGUCUGUGCCAGUCAGUACCCAGGCGGGCUGGACAAUGAGUGCUGUGCUUAGUAGGCCCAUGCUCU